GUUGACUUGUUUCUUGUUCCAGACUGCCUGACGCUCAACUGUCGGCAGGUCCUCAACCUGAUGGUGUUCUUCGGCUUCAUGUUCAACUACAUGCUGCGCGUGAACCUCACCAUCGCCAUCGUCGAGAUGGUGCGGGGCAACAACGCCACCGUUGCCAAUGCCACCGACUCUAUGGAAGCGGGUGUCACGUGGCCCGCUAUGCUGCCCAUGGCCGCCCAGUGGAUCCCGCCGGCCGACCGGAGCAAGUUCAUGUCCAACAUGAUGGCCUCGUCGCUGGGCGCGGCCGUGACCAUGCCCAUCUGCGGACAGCUGCUGGCCACCUGGGGCUGGGAGUCCACCUUCUACGUGACGGGCGGCAUUGGGCUCGCCUGGUCGCUGCUCUGGUUCGCGCUCAUCUACGACUCGCCGGCGCAGCACCCGCGCAUCAGCGACGAGGAGCGGCGCUUCAUCGAGCAGGCGCUGGGCGACAGCGUGCGCUCAAAGGAGAAGGAGUCGCUGCCGGUGCCCUGGCGCCAGGUGCUCAGCUCCGGCCCGGUCUGGGCCAUCGUCCUGUCACACGUCGCCAGCAUCUACGGCUUCUUCACCGUCGUCAACCAGCUGCCGACCUUCAUGAAGAAGGUCCUGCACUUCAACAUCAAGGAGAACGGUAUGGCGUCUAGCUUGCCCUACCUGGGGAAGUACCUCAUGGCCCUCGGCACAGGAGUGAUUGCCGACUACCUCAAGAGCAGGAACAAGAUCAGCACGACCGCCAUCCGCAAGAUCUUCACAACCUUCGCGGUGGGCAUCCCGGGCCUGCUGAUGGCCGUGCAGAUCUUCGUGGGCAGCGACAGGGUCGCCUCUGUGGCCAUUUUCACGCUGGCCCUCACCUUCAACGGGGCCGUCACCGCCGGCUACCUGGGCAACGGGCUCGACAUCGCGCCGAACUUCUCCGGUACCAUCUUUGGAAUUGCAAACAUGCUGUCGUCUCUUGGUGGCUUCCUCUCCACUCUUAUGGUGGGCUCAUUGACAUAUCAAAAUGAUUCUUAUGGUCAGUGGCAGAUUAUCUUUGGAAUUCUGUCAGGAGCUUACAUAUUUGGAGCAAUUAUUUACCUUGUUCUUGGAACUGGUGAACUUCAACCAUGGAACUCCCCUAAAGGCAAAGGAGAAAAAGAACCAGAGAGCUACCCAUUACGCAGUAAUGCUGCUUGAAAUAAUUGCAUAGCUGCUGCAAUAGAGAACACCCAAGCUAUACAAAUCAGGUGAAGAAGAAGAUCCCUCUGAUUUUAGCAGAAUGAAUAUGCUUUCAGGAGAUCAAAAACACCUGUUUUUGGAUGAACCUGAAAAGGAAAUAUGAAGACCAGACUGCUACAUAUGUCCCUGUCAUACAGUGUACACAUUCAUAAUUUUUAAUGUGGAAACACAUAUGUUGUACUAUAUUUUAUAUGUUUUAACUCUAUAUCUCCAUAUGUUUUGUUUUUGAAACUAUGUACACCAUUAAUUUUUAUGAUAUGACUGUGAUGAGAGUGUUAUUCUAGAGCUUAAAAAUUGAGGAUGGUACAUAUAUUGUCUACCAUACAAUUGAUGAAAUUGGUAAAUUAAGCCGGUCAACUGGUGUCUUUAAAGGCCCAUCCACAAUGAAGCAGGGUAUUGGGGAUCUAUCUCCCCUACUCUCGCACAAUCUCUAUUGCACCGCCUUCACUCCACUUCAUUGUAGAUGGAUCUUAAAUUUUAAGAGAGGCCCCUAAUUGAAUAUCACAAAAGUUAAAGUUAUAUUUUAUGCACUGCCAUAUCAACAGCUAUGGAUCUAUAACUAUUAGCUCUACUAGAAUUUGUACCAUUGCACACUUGUUACCAGAAAAAAAAUUUAAGUGCUCACUUUGAUCUUCCAGUAUUAUGAAUGAUCAGUUUUUGAGUUCUAUCAAGGAGUGUGGUAUGUGGCGUGCACUGUGCAGGUCACUUAGGAAUCAAAUUUUGAGAGGCUAAAAAUUUAAUUUUUACAGUGAUGUAACUUCUGUGCAAAUUUGUCCCAUCAUUAGAUCAAAUUUUUACACAUAACAUCAAGCUGAUGUCACUUUGAUUGAUCCUUGCCCUCUUAGAAAGGCCUUUUAUGAGCUAUUGACGUCAGGUAGUUUUACUCGCACUUUGCAGAUCAUUUAUGUUAUUUCCCGAUUGAAUCUUUCAUGUUUCAGUUUAUUUAGAUACGUUCAAAAGUGAGGGUCUGACCACAAAGCUUUAAUAAGUGAUGGGAGUUGAAGAGUUGUGUUUUAGCAACUUUUUCCCAUUGAUGGUAAGAUAUGUGAGCAUUAGACACUACUAUUGUUAUAAGAUCUCUGUUUUCAAACCAUUCCAUUACUUUUCAUCAUCAUUUAGUUUAUAUAAGAAGCAUAUCCAACCCUGUGAUUAAAACUCCUCACAUGUACUCAACUUAUAUGCUGUGAAAAGUUCUUACAUUAAAGUACAAAUGUGUUAUGUCAUACCAA